GACAGGUGAGAACACAGUUUUCCCAAUCGCGGUAUGUGUAUCGAUCAAAUAAGGGGUUUUCGUAGCAGAAUGAAUAUCUGUCGUUAGAGCAACGUCCAACGUUCCAAGUUCUCAGGUAUUCAGCCCUAAUAGGUGUGCCCUAAUAGGUUGUGUAGUUAUGACGCAUGAAUAAACCGUCAUAAAAUUAGUCUUAGCCGAAAUAAAACGGGACUUGGCCUGUCACGUGCCAUAGGUAAAAAUGGACUCGUCCAGAAUUGGGUUACAUGUUCGCAUCUCUCCCGUCAUCUUUCGCUCCUAUAUUCCUUAAAUUCGGUCUUUCGAACGUUUGAUACUUGAUUGCACACAUUAUUUUUGUGCUUCAAGAAUUCUUACUGUGCGCAUGAGUCUACUGUAAAGGGAACGAACGCUGAGGCUACACGACAGUCUGUCCUGGAUCUAUUGACGAAGUCGGACUGCGUCUUACACGACGAGCGUAUGAAAUCGACUGUAUCUGCUCGAAAUCUCAGGCAUAAAACCAACGAAAAUACACCGAAAUAAACAGUCCCAGUUGGUGCCCAUCAAUAUCCAUCGGGCUAGUGCCACCUAUCCAGCACUGGGAUCAGUCCGAACCGAAUGAGUUUCGAUAGUGGUCGAGCUGGGUCGGAUUGAGAAGGCUCAGUACAAACGCGUCCCUUCUGUCGAAUAAGGAUAGGAGAACUGAGAAGAAGUGUAUACGAGGAAAGGACAGUAAAGGGUCGUAGCGCACCGAAAAGAGAGGGACUAUCGUCGUAGCGAUCAUGUGGAAUGGCGCCGAGAAAGAAGCAUGCGGUGAUGCGGUAGAGUCUAACAAUAAGAAAGACGCCGAGAAUUGCCCAGCCAGCGACCAGCAACAGUUCGCAAGCAACGACACUGUCGACACUGCCGACGUUCCCGUUUCAGAAGGGAUUCAAAUACGAUCUGUUUUCCCGCAGAUCGCAUCGUUUGCGUCCUGUCCUGGGAUGGCUGACGACACCAUGAUCAUUCCUGGGGACGCGGAUGAUACAACGAUAUUGAUACCACCUCCAAAUGUCGCCGAAUUCCAGAUUGAAUGCAAGACGGAACCAGGGACUGAAUUGGGCAACUCGAUCGACGAUGAUGACCCAUUGGUAUUUGAUGAAUCCUCAUUAUUACACAUUCCGGUAUUCGCACCUACGAUAAAGGAUCCAAUUAUUUUAUUGGAGAGAUGUGAUAAAAUUUGGGAAACAUUACAAUUAAUAAAAACUAUACAGGUUGAAAAGCCAACAACGCUGACUGAUGAUGAUUGUGAUAAAAAUAAGGAGGAAAAAAAUGAGGAGAAAGUGCAGCAUUUGGAUGAGAUUGAGCAAUCUGAAUCACACGUUAAGAAUCAACCUAGAUUGAGAAGUAACAACACAAUGCCACCUUUUAAGGUUUCUGUCCUAAGAACAAAGAAAUUAUAUCCUUGCAUUACCUGUGGUAUCCAAUACUUGGAAAGACGAUCAUUAAGAAAACAUUCGGAAAGAGUACAUGGAGUUGUCCUUCCCUUACUUAUUCAACGUAAACGUUUGAAAUGUAAUGCUUUAAACAAAAAGAAUUUCAAUGGAGCCAGUCAAGUUUCUUCAAUUAGCAAAGAAAAUAACAAUUCUGAAAAGCUUUAUGAUAAUAAAGAUUCAUGUGAAAAAACCACUGCAAAGACAAAACUUACCAAUGUUGAAACUACUGCUUCACCGCCUGCUGUAUCAACACGGCUUGUUAAGUGUACAUUAUGUCAGCAAAAAGUAUUAUGUUUAAGAAAACAUUUAAUUAAUUAUCAUAAAAUUGGAGGUUCUACAAGUGUAAUGGAACAGCUAGAAUCAUCAUUAUUGAGUGAGCCUAAAAUAUCACCUGGAGAUAAACGAACUACAUUAAAAAAUGAACCACAUCAAGAUGGAUUUCGCAUAAUGGACAAUGAAAAUGAUACUCGUAAAACGUCGAAAGUCCAAGGGAAAAGGAAGUAUAAAUUGACUUAUCCUAGAAAGAAACGCAAGUUGAAUAAUGAACGUUAUGCAAUUGUUCAGAAUCCGUCCACCGUCACACAGGAAGAAAUUUUAAGUGCUUAUACAUAUAAAUGUGACAUUUGCUUGGGAUUGUAUAAAACUGCCCAUAGUUUGUACAAACAUAAACGCAAUCACAUCUUACGUGGAGAAACUAAAGAAAAUUUUCAUAAAUUCACAUGUAGAUACUUUAAUUCACCAUUUAAUAAGAAAUAUAAAUCAUUGCAGUCUUCCAUGAAGUCUACUAACACUAUUGCAAACAGUGCUAACAAUAGAAUAAAUGAAAAGCAUACAUCGCAGUUAAAUAAUUCCAAGCGUAAUACAUUGCGUAAUCAAAAUAAUUCAAUUUCUAAUCGAGCUAUUCGAUACAGUGAAAGAAUUAACAAAAAUAAUGAAACUAUUUGUAUAUGUGGAAGAUCAUUUCGAAAUCCUCAUACCUUGUUUCUUCAUAAAAACAAUUGUGAAUUAUGUCAAAAUGAGGAUACAGCAAUGAGCACUAGGGUCAGCAGUGAUAGAGACUCUGGUAUUGGCAUUAACAUAACAAUCAAGAAACUAAAUGAUUCAUAUGAAAUAGUUGGUAAAGAUGAUGAAGAUAAACUCCAAAAUUCUAAAAUUCUCAAAGAAGAUACUUCAUCUAUGUCUCAUACAUCUAAUUAUACCAAAGAUUUUACUAAAGCGUCCACUAAACGACAAGUAUUAGAUACAUCUGAUUCUAAAUACAGUAAAGAUCAUAGUAUUUUGAAGUUAGAAGAUACAGAUGAAGACGUAAUCAUUGAUAUUGAAGAUGAUGUACAAAUUGCUCUUGAUGAAAAUAAUACAACAAAGCAGAUGGUUACACAAGAAAACGGUAAGCAGAAUUCAUCAAAGCAGCAAAAUGAUGGAAAAAUUGAAAAUGAAGAUGAAAAAAUUGAAAAUGAAGUCAAUACAUUAAAGCAAAUGUGUCAAAAGAUUCUCGACAUUCGUAAAUCCAGGAAUGUAGAAGAUAAGAAUGAAAAAUAUAACCAAAUUAAAGAAACGUGCAAGAAAAAUAACCGGUUUAAAAAUCAAGAAACACAUCAAAACAAGCGGGAAUUGCGAUCUGCAAAUAAACGGUAUCUAUAUUCCAAAAUGGAGUCGGAUUAUUCCCAUGAUGAAAGGAAAGUUUGUACGAUGCAAUUUAAAUCAAUGAUAUGUGGAUAUUGUAAGGAACAGUUUAAUAAUAUUAAGUUAUAUGAUACUCAUCAGUGUACUAUUAUAAAAGGCAGAUCAUUCGAUGAAUUUUCACUACAGUUGCGGUGUUUCUUUUGUAAAGAGAUGCUAAAUAGUUACAGCGAAUUUGAUGAGCAUAUGAAAUUCAAACAUUUUGAUCGUGGCUAUCAUUGUUUCCAAUGUCCCGUACGAUUCACGAAUGACAAAGCACGAUUAUCUCAUUUUCAUUCAGACCAUAACGAUUUGAUUUGUAGAUUUUGUAAUAAAAAGAUUACUAUUUCAUCAAAGGCUCCACACGAAGGUUAUCAUUUAGGUUUUGGUUAUCCUUGCCACAAAUGUAAAAAGGCUUAUACAAAUAGUAGGAAUCUUUCUUAUCAUAAAUACACGAUACAUUUUAAUGGAGCUGAUAACUUGGUAACUUGUACUAUAUGCUUGAAAUCUGUGAAACUCAAAACUUUCCGUGGUCAUAUGAAAUGUCAUAAGCAUAAUGCUUGUUAUUUUUGUGGCAAAGUAUUUUCUGAUAGAGUAGGUUUAGAAUAUCAUACCAUGAUGAAUCAUGGCACAAAUUCCAAGUUAAAAUGUAACAUCUGUGGUACGCGGUUUUAUACUAAGAAACUGCUUGAAAGACACGAAAAGAUCGAUGGAUGCAAUAAUUACAUGAGAAUGAAAAGCUAAACUGCAACAGAAUGUGUUAAGAAUAUUUUUUCGUUUCAGAAAAAUAAUAUAUAUGGAGGAAACGCGCGCGAAUUAAUAAGGAAAGACUCCUCUCCUGGAAUGAGAAUGAAAUUAAUCCUCGAAGACUGGCUGAAUUUGUGUUUCUCGGCUAUAACUUUGAAACAAAGCAUGAUAGCAUAAUUUCGUAAAUGUACAAGAUUUCAAAACGACGUUAUGUCGAAUUUCGCGAGUUUCCUGAACACAAGUCUCUAUUCGAAGCUGCACUGCGACGUGGUAUCCGCCGGAAUCCCACUGCUUUCGCGCGACUCCAGGACUACCAUGUAAUAUAAGUGCACACCGGUUAAUUUUGUCGGUGAAUUUUUUCCUAAUUGUGUACAUUUUGUAUACGUACAAAAUUACGCUAUCAUACGUCAUUCAGAAGUUAUAGC